AUGAAAUAUUUGAAGAAAUUAUUGAAAUUUAAGAAAAAAUUUGCAAAUAGUUAUAAAAUAGAUAUAGAACUUCAUUUAGCUUCAGCAGGAACUUUUUAUAGAGGUAUAGAUAUUUUAGCAAAUACUAAACUUACAGUUUCAUCUAAAACUAUAUUAAGAUAUAAACAACAAAUUGUUGAAAAUCAUUUUGAUAAAAUUAAUAAAUAUUUUAAUGAACAGAUUAACUAUUUAUAUAUAUUUAAUCUUAAUAAUUUUUAUUCAAUUCAUGAAAUAUAUCAACUAGAUACAACUUUUCUUUCUUCUGUUAAACAUUUUGUAAUAUGUAUUGCUAAAAAAAUUAAUUUAUUAACAUCUGUUUUAGCAAACUAUGAUAAUAUUUUUUUAUUUAAUCCAGUUAAUAUUGAUGCAGAAAAUCUUUGUGAAUAUUUAUCUCAAAAAUAUAGUUCACUUUUUGAUAUUAGUUAUAAUAAUUCAAAAUUAUAA